UGAACAUAUAUACGGAACAGUCGACGUCAUUAUAAAUAUGGAAAAGAAGUGAGAGAAAAAAAAAUUGUGUCGGCUCGCAGCGAAAAAAAAAAUAAACCUAUUGAAUUUAUAAAGAAAUAGUCCGUCAAUCGAUUGUAUUCAAACGAAGUCAAAAAAAAAAAAACAGUGAGUAAUAUAUGGCAGUGCAAUAAAUUCGAAUAAAUAUUUCAUCUAUUGUGUGAUAAGUUUAUUGAUCGACUUAUGUGUGCGUAAAACAAAUAAUCGAGUGGAAAAAAAAUCGUUUGAAUUAUUAGAACAAAAAAAACUGAAUUGCGUUCGUAAAAGCAAACAUGUCUACAACAAAUGCUGCAAACUCAUCAUCAUCAGCAGGCACUCUAUCACCGUCUGCUAGUAAUUCAAACACCACAGCCAUUGCUUCCGCGACAACACCAGCAGUAUCAGUUGCACCAUCAUCGAGUACUAUUCCAACUAGUUCAGCAUCAACAUCACAAUGGCCCAACAAAAUGGAUGAUUAUGAAUUGCGUGAGGUAAUUGGAGUUGGUGCAACGGCUGUUGUACAUGCUGCUUACUGUAUUCCACGCAAGGAAAAAUGUGCAAUAAAACGUAUCAAUUUGGAAAAGUGGAACACAUCAAUGGAGGAACUAUUAAAAGAAAUCCAAGCAAUGCAGUCGUGCAGCCAUGAAAAUGUCGUUACAUACCAUACAAGCUUUGUUGUAAAAGACGAACUGUGGCUGGUAUUGCGUUUACUUGAAGGUGGCAGUCUAUUAGAUAUCAUUAAGCAUAAGAUGCGAACGACAAAUUGCAAGCACGGUGUGUUUGAUGAGGCAACUAUUGCAACUGUUCUUAAAGAGGUUUUAAAGGGUUUGGAGUACUUUCAUAGCAAUGGACAAAUUCAUCGUGAUAUAAAAGCUGGCAACAUUUUAUUGGGCGAAGAUGGUACCAUUCAAAUAGCCGAUUUUGGUGUGAGCGCAUGGUUGGCCACUGGACGCGAUAUGUCACGACAAAAAGUGCGACACACAUUUGUUGGCACUCCAUGUUGGAUGGCACCAGAAGUAAUGGAACAAGAUCACGGUUACGAUUUUAAAGCCGAUAUUUGGUCAUCGGGAAUAACAGCAAUUGAAAUGGCAACAGGAACGGCACCUUAUCAUAAAUAUCCGCCAAUGAAAGUUCUUAUGUUAACAUUGCAAAAUGAUCCGCCAACCAUUGAUACUGGAGCUGAUGAAAAGGAUCAAUACAAAGCAUAUGGUAAAACAUUUCGUAAAAUGAUUGCUGAGUGCCUACAAAAAGAGCCAUCAAAGCGGCCCACGGCCAGCGAACUGUUAAAGCAUCCAUUUUUUAAAAAGUCAAAAGAUCGCAAAUAUCUAACACAAACGUUGCUGGCAUCGGGCCCAUCAAUGGAAACACGCGUAAGUAAAGCGGCCAAACGACAACCGGGCGCAUCUGGUCGAUUACAUCGAACCAUAACGGGUGAAUGGGUGUGGUCGAGUGAAGAAGAAGACAACGGUCAACAUUCAUCGGAUUCAGAAGACGAAGAAAAUCGACCAAUGAAUCGUUUAAUCAAAGUUGAAUCGUCGGACAGUGAAGUUGAUGAUCCGUCUGAGUUAACGAUUGCACCCGGUGGUGUACCAUUGCAUAAUUCAUCGGAUAUUCCACCAAUUAAUCUUGUACUAAGGAUGCGCAAUCAAAAAAGUGAACUGCACGAUAUUCGCUUUGAAUUUGCGGUUGGAAAAGAUACAGCCGACGGUAUUGCAUCUGAAUUAGUUGAAGCUGGACUAGUUGAUGGACGUGAUACGGCCGUGAUGGCAGUGAAUUUACAAAAAUUAAUUGAUAAUCGAAAUCACUUAAAGACUGUUACAUUUUUGUUGGUGUCAGCAUACGUACCCGGAGAGCCAGUUGAUGAAAAAGCGUUAAUAUGCUACGCGCAAAUAUCAAUUACCGACUAAAUUUUCACAUACACAAACAACCCCAAAAACCUACACACCUCCCACCCUCACACACACACACACACACACACCACAACACAAAUUUGGCACACGACGACUCCUACUAAUGUCGAUUAUAUUCAGCUUAGCCUUUCUUCACGCAAAAUAUUUUCUUACUUAUUCUUUUUAUGUUCGUGCAUCAACAAACGACAUUCAAUGCACCAGAUAUAUACAGAUUCACAUGGGUAGGACAGGACCCCUUGCCAAAUUGAGAAAACAAUUUUAUUACAUAUGCAAAUAUUGUAAUCGUUUCCUUCUUUCUAGCAAAUUUAAGCGAAGGAUAAUUUUUUUUUUUUUUUUUGAAAUAGAUAUAGUAUGUAACGAUUGUAAAUUGAUUGAUUCAUUAAAUAGUCUAGGACCAAGAUAAGUUUAUAACGAA